CUCGCCGUCGCGGGCUAGCUGCGCUGCGCUGCCCCAUCCCGGACCAGUCGCUCUCGCCCCCCCGCCCUGCUAUCUUUCCUCCUCCUCCUCUCGUCUCCACUGCACCCCUCCCGCUCGAUACGGCUGGUGGCGCGUUGUUUUCUUCUCCCCCUUCUUCGCCCGCGGUGUAGAAAGCGGGGCGCGAGGUAGUAGGAUCGAUCGGUACCUCGUCCCGUUGCCCCGCCGCUACGUGUACCUCCUCGGUACUCGCCUGGCUUCCAUGGUGUGCCUGGCUAGGAAGGUGGAUUAGCCGCCAGGCGGCGUGAGUGCGUACGGUCGCGGGUCCUCCAGCCAUGGACGCCGGAGGUGGAGUCGGCGGCGGUGCAGGCGUGGGCGCCGCCACGGCCGGCGGCUCGUCGUAUGGGCUCGUCCGCACCGUGGUGGGGUACUCGACCUCGCCUCUCUUCUUCUGGCUCCUCACCGUCGUGCUCGUCGCCGCGAUCCACAUCGCCUCCGGCUCCAAGCCCUCCAGGAGCGAUGAGAAGGAGAGGGAUGAGAAGAAGAAGGCGCGGCGCGAUGGGUUCGCCGCUGCCGAGGAGAGGGAGGCGUCGGGCAGGGGCGACGACCGGGUCCUGGAGAUGAUGCGCAGUUUCAGCUUCGUGCAGGCGACCGAGGAGGAUUUCAUGGAGGGUAUGGCCGCCUACGAGUACAGCCGCGUCGACGCCGGCGCGGAGCACGAGCAGUACAACCGCGUCGACGCCGGCACAGCGCACGAGCUUGUCGAGCCCGAGCCGUUUGCGCCGGCGCCGGCGCCAAGCCUCAGCUUCAAGUUCCAGCACCAGAUAGCCGAAAUUCCGCGGGAGGCGGCGGCGGUUUCGAGGGAAAUACCAGCCCAAAUAGAAGCAGUGGAAGAAGAAGAGCUGCAGGAAGAGAAGGCGCCGUCAAUUCCUUUGGAAUCGGCGGGCAAGCACGAGCAUGAAGACGAAGCAGAGGAAACAGAGCUGCUAUUGGAAGAACAUGUGGAAGAGCAGAGGAGAGAGGUUGUGGAGCAGGCCGCGCCAUCAAAGGUCGUCUCAACCACGCACAACUACCAGUUCUUGACGGAGCGCGACUUCCGGGGGUUCAUCAGGGAGCCAGAGGCCAUGACGGUGCGCGUCCAGGAGGCUUUCAUGCCGCCGUCGCCGACACCGUCGCCGCCGCUGCCACAGCAGCACGAGGAGCGACGGGGGGCCAACAUCGUCCCCCGCACCGGCGGCUUCCUCACGGAGAGGGACUUCCGGCCGGCGGACGAGCCCGACGCGCGCGAGAGCGUGGCGUCGUCCGGGAUGAGGACGCCGUCGCGGAGCCGGAAGCCGGCGGACGAGCCCGACGUGUGCGAGAGCGUGGCGUCGUCCGGAAAGAGGACGCCGUCGUGGAGCCGGAAGACGGCGGACGAGCCCGACGCGUGCGAGAGCGUGGCGUCGUCCGGGAAGAGGACGCCGUCGUGGAGCCGGAAGACGGCGGACGAGCCCGACGCGUGCGAGAGCGUGGCGUCGUCCGGGAAGAGGACGCCGUCGUGGAGCCGGAAGACGGCGGACGAGCCCGACGCGUGCGAGAGCGUGGCGUCGUCCAGGAAGAGGUCGCCGCCGCGGAGCCGGAAGCCGGCGAGCUCCCCGUCCGUCGCGUCCAAGGGCAGCGCCGUCGGCGCGAGGAUGAGCUUCGCGUCGGAGUUCUCCGGCUUCGGCGACUCCGACUCCGAGUCCAGCGGCAGCGACGGUUACUCGGUGAAGGACCUCGUCGUCGACUCCGACAGCGACUGGUUCCUCUCGGAGAAGGACUUCCCGGCGUCUGCGCGCAACUCCGGCAACCUCAAAAGUUACAAGGCGAAGGUGCUUAAGGCCAUGGAAGCCCUGGAGGCAGCGGCCAAGCUGGAGCAGUCUUACCAGGACUCGGCAACGACAGUGUCGCCGGGUUCGGUCUGCCAGGGCUCCCCUGACACUAUUCCCGAUGGCUCUCCUAAGUUCCCUGAAGACAUGUGGUCUCGCAGUCCUUCGCCGGACGUCGAGUACAAAGAGGACGAGGAGAAAGUAACAAAAGAAGCUGAAGAACAGUAUGACGAGGACGUCGAACAUAGAAGCGUGGUGGAAGAGGAGGGGAGCGUCGACAUGAGCGACGACGAGCACUCACCAAAGGGCAAGAAGGUAGAAUCAGCACCAGUGUAUGAUCUGGCUCCUGCAGACAACAGUAUGGAUCAUUCAGAGAAGGAAACCAUCACUCUCAAUGAUUACUCAGGUGAAGCUAUUUCUGAUACUCAGAAAGGUCCAGAGGCAGUCUCUGCGAAAGAAUUAGCUGCUGUAUCAUCAGACCAAGUUGCUGGCCCAGCCAAGAGAAGCCCUGAGCCAUCAGAGAAGGAAUUUAUCGGUUUGGUUGAUCAUUCACUUGAGCACAGUUCUGACGACAGGAGAGAAACUUCCAGUGAAAGUGGUCAGUCAUAUGAAAUAGUUUUUGACGACAAGAGAAGGCCAGAGCCUUCGGAGACAGAAUUUGUAGGUACGAAUGAUCAGUCGCAUGAACUUAUUUCUGAUGUUUGGAAACAGAUUAUCAGUAGAAAUGAUCAAACAUCCACAGUGGCUUACGCCAAUGAGGGAGGCCUGGAUGCGUCAGAGGAAGAAUUUGUGGGCAGAAAUGACCGUACAAACGAGUUUAUUUCUAAUGAGAAGAAAGUGACUUUCAGUACUAUAAAUGAUCAGUCAUUUGCAGUAAUUUCUGAUGAGAAGAGCAUCCCAGAGACUCCAGAGGAACAAUUCAGUUUAACUGACCAUCGAAAUGGAGUAGUUCAUGAAGCCAAGAACAUUUCAGAGACCGGAGAAGAUGAGGAACAAGCCAGUGCAAAUGAUUAUAUGGACGAUGCCGCUCGACAAGCCUAUAUUUCAGUUACUGGGAAGGCGAAGAUAUAUGAAGAGGAAGGAGAGGAUCCGGAAGUCAAGUGGAAGGAUUUGACAGAAGAAGAGGAGGAUGAACUGGAGUCACUGUGGGAGCACCAGGACCUGAUAGAGCAGCUGAAGCUUGAGCUGAAGAAGGUGCGGUCAAUCGGGCUGCCCACGAUCCUGGAGGAGUCAGAGACACCAAAGGCCCCAAUGGAGGACCUCAAGCCAUGGAGGAUCGAUGCUAAGUUCCUCCGCGAAGACCCGAUGGACGAGCUGAACAAGUUCUACAAGAGUUACAGGGAGAGGAUGAGGAAGUUUGACAUAUUGUGCUACCAGAAGAUGUAUGCAAUAGAUUUCCUACAGCUCAGAGGGCCUCAGCAGUCCGCCAACUCUCUAAAGUCCUUGUCACCGACCGUGGCGUCCAUCCUGUCACACAAUUUCCGGCCAUCGCGUCGGAGAUCCCCCGAGGACCCGUCGGAGCGGUUUCUCAAGGAGCUUCGGUAUGAUUUGGAGACGGUGUACGUCGGACAGAUGUGCCUGUCAUGGGAGUUCCUCCGGUGGCAGUACGAGCAGGCCCGUGACCUGCCGGAGUCUGACCCUUACCACAGCCAUCAGUACAACCAGGUAGCCGGAGAGUUCCAGCAGUUUCAGGUUGUGGUGCAGAGGUUCGUCGAGGAUGAAUCGUUCAAGGGCCCCAGGCUGCCAAACUACAUCAACAACCGUUGCGUCCUCCGCAAUCUCCUGCAAGUACCCGUAAUAAAAGAGGACAGCUUGAAGGACAGGAUGGAGGAUCAGCGCAAGGGGAACUAUGUCAUCACCAGUGAGGAGCUGGAGGAAAUCAUGGAGGAGGCGAUGCACAUCCUGUGGGAGUUCAUCAAGGCCGACAAAGUCGAGACGACACCGACAUCAGUGAUCAAGGGCUUGUCGAGCACCCACGUGGAGCUUCAGGACCCUUCAGAUCAUGAUCUUAUGGCGCACAUCCAUGCCGCGUUACAGAAGAAAGAGAAGAGGCUCAAGGAUCUCCUCCGGACCGGCAACUGCAUCGUGAAGAAGUUCAAGAAGCCCAAGGAGGACAGAUCGAACCAGAACCUCUUCUUCUCGCAGGUUGAUAUGAAACUGGUGGCGCGGGUGCUGAGGAUGCCGAGGAUCACCAGCGAGCAGCUGCAGUGGUGCAAGGCGAAGCUGGACAAGAUCAUACUGGUAGAUAGGAAGAUCCACAGGGAGGCUUCAUUUUUGUUGUUCCCCUGUUGAGAGAGUACAUAUAUAUGUUUUCCUUUUUUGCUCCUUAUUCCCGAUAUAAAAAAAAAUGUCUUCGCCAUAUAACAAUCCACGGGUUUAGGAUUUUGUUUUAACCUUUUGGCAAUACAUUCCUUUCCACAGGCUCGUAAUUAUAGUUGUAACUUGUUAAACAUGACAUGCCAGAGUCCACAGAGUCCAUGCCUGCCAUGGUACUAGGUACUUACAUUACCUAGAAACUACUAUAUAUAAUAAUUAUUAGAUCAACCA